AUGUCAUUUAUCAGAUCAACUUCAAGUCUUCCUUUCGCUUCUUCCAGAAUCGCUUAUAGGGCACUUUCGACAUCUGUUGUCAGGUCUAAAACACUCACUGAAUCAGUCAAAGAUGCUGCUGAUGCUGUGAACAAGAAAGUCGGUCAAACUUUAGCUUCAGGUCUUGAUUCAGCUGAAAAAGCAACUGACAGCGCCAAAGGUACCGUCAAUGCCAAAACACCUUCUCAAGCCGAAAUCGAUUCAAAAGCAUCGUCAGCUUCUCAGACAGUCAAGGAAACAGCCGAAUCAGCGAGACAAAACACCAAUCACGCUUUAGGAAGCGCAGCUGGUAAAGCUAGAGACGCAGCCGAUGAAAUCGAAAAGAAAGUUUAA